UAAAGUGAUUUAUAAACAAAAAACACUUAAAUAUAAAAUUGUAGCAAAAGAAAAUAUGUUUUAUUAAUAUACAAAUAAAAAAGUUGAAAAAAAUAAUGUCGAACGGGCUGGCAGGAUUCAAACGAUUUCUACACUGGGGACCCAUCACUGCAUUAAGUAUUAUAAAAUGCAUUACAUUGACCACAUUAUACAUGAACUCUAUGUGGUGGCCACCCAAUAAAUCUUUAGGUGGUUUCCUUAAUCAAGCCAUAUUUUUAAUGUUUUCUUCAGUGGCCACAUUUAACUAUAUAAUGGCGACAUUGACAGGUCCUGGUGUUUUGCCAAAAAAUUGGAAACCACAGGAGCCAAAAGCUGUUGAGCAGUUACAGUAUUGUAAAGUAUGUGAAGGUUAUAAAGCACCCAGAUCUCAUCAUUGCCGUAAAUGUAAUCGUUGCAUUAAGAAAAUGGAUCAUCAUUGUCCUUGGAUUAAUCAUUGUGUUGGUUGGGCCAAUCAUGCCUAUUUCACCUACUUCUUAGCAUUUUCCAUUAUUGGUAGUUUACAUGGUUCUGUCAUUCUGUGCAUUACCUUUUAUAGAGGCAUUCAUCGUUAUUGGUAUUUGUCGCGGGGUCUUGUUCACUUAGCCACCGUGCAAUUUUCCAUGUAUAGCAUUAUUUUAUGUAUAUUUUCAAUGGGUUUGGCUAUUGGUGUGGUGAUAGCCCUAGGAAUGUUGUUAUAUUUCCAGCUUAAAUCGAUUGUUAAAAAUCAAACUGGCAUCGAGAUGUGGAUUGUUGAAAAAGCCAUGUACAGGCGCAUGCAUAAUCCGGACUUGGAUGAUUUUGUGUAUCCCUAUGAUUUGGGCUGGUGGUCAAAUAUGAAACAAGUCUUCAUAAAUGAAAAUGUAAACAAAGGAGCAGGAAUUGAAUGGCCAGUUAAAGAAGGAUGCCAUCAAUAUACUCUGACAUGUGAACAAAUCGCUCAAAAAUGUGAAAAACGUGCUCGUACUCGCACUUAUAAGUGCAUACGUAAAGCUACCGGAAGCUAUUUACCACUAUUCUCGCAAGGUUUUCGAGUUUGUUUAUCACCUCCCUGUACUGAUGAACCCCGUAUACAACUCGAACCUGAUGAAAUUAUUAAAGUAACACGCUACCGUCAACAUUGGUUAUUUGGCGAACGUGUUGUAGACGACAGAAAAGAUAAAAACAAUAAAAGACCUUUGCGUGGUUGGUUUCCCAGACGUUGUGCUGUAGAACUUAUUCAACCGGAACAACCUUUUUCAAGCAGCGACGACUGUGAGGUUACCGAAACAAAUAAUCGACACCCACAGACGCCAAAGAAGACCGCACUUAAUAAUGGAGGCAGUUGUGCAAAAUCACAAAAUGGUCAUCAUCGUAAAAAAAAUAACUGACAUAAAAAGACUUUAAUACUUUAUGAUUAGCAAGUAAUACGGGAAAAAAACUAAGAACACACAUUGUAGUGUGUAAAAUAUAUACAUACAUACAUACUUGUAUACAAACUUAUACAUACAUAUUUAAAAAUCAAUUUGAAAAUAAAUAAUUUAUUGGAAAGUUUUUAAUUGGA